ACGUGUGAGGUCGCUAAAUUGCAAGUGUUAAAUUUUUAAGUUUAUUUAGCAAAACCGUCCCAAAAAAAUAUGAGUGCCAAGAACAAAGGCCCUGGGCCGGCGGCUUACGGUUUGCCGCCUGAAAUCGGCUUCAACCAACACGAUCCCCGGAAAGACCGCAAACCAAUGUACACGAUGCGGCCGGCGUUCAAAACCCGCUUCGACACGCUCGGUCCCGGCCCGGCCGUGUACGAUCUGAAGAAGAUAACGCGCGUUGGAGGACCCCGGGAACCGAAGUAUUCGCUCGCAAGCCGACUCAACGAGCGCAAGCCGGAUCUCGUUCCCGGCCCGGGUGCGCACAACAAUCAUCUGGUGCCGACGAUGAAAUGUAAACGUCCGCCCUUGUACAGCUUCGGCCAGCGAAUCGAUGUGCCCAACCGGGAGAUCAUACCGGCGCCGAAUCGAUACGAUGGGCUGAUUUACAUGACCCGUACCAAAGCUCCGUGCUAUUCGAUGAGACCGCAUACGAAGCAGAUUCACGGCCUGGAGGGACCUGGUCCGGCUAGGUACGGUCCUACCUCGCGCGACGUCACCCACAAACGGGCACCGAACUAUACGCUGCGUGCUGGCCAUAAGCAUCUUACGGAGCGGACGCCUCAUCCCGGCCCGAAUCGCUACGGUUUGAUGAACCUGCGCAUGGACACCACGGCACCGAGCUACAGCUUUGGCAUCAGAUAUCCAGACUGGAAGGAUCCAAUGAUUAUACCGGGUGACAAUUGUUAGGUUCCUGAGUAAACCGGCUUGAGGGUUAUGUCUUCAAGGAGACGAUACAAAUAUUGAAAGGAUCUUUUAGGGAAUUCAACCAGUUUCAAAUGAGUUCAGCAUUAAAGAGAAGACAUUGAAAUUACUUCAUCCACAUUCCAAGGCUCGUUCCCUUCCUAUGUUAAUGAUGGUCAAUAAAAAAUCGUUAUAAAAAUCUCCCAUCUGAAACUUGA